AAACACAUAAAUUUCAAAAAAAUAAUUUGUCAAAAACAUACAUAUUUCAAUCAUUAAAUAAAAAACUUUAAUUCAAAUAUAUUUCAAUAUUUUAUUUUGUGUACAAAUUUCUCUAAAAUUCUUCUAAAUUUUAUAACAAAAUGCCAACAGCUAAAGCUAAGAAAACCAAAUUCCGUAAUCCUCUGGAGCCCACAGAAAAACAAAAAGCCCGCAAACUUGCCCAAGAAGCUAGAAAAUUAAAAUGGAAACGCAAAAGAAAACUAGAGGAAAAAAGCCUAAAACAAACUAUAAUACCACCCCGCGACUUAACCGAACGCCAACGUUCUUGGCUGCAGAAAAACAGUCAACCCAAAGUUCGCCAAAUAACCAGAUCACUGCCAAGUUUCUGCAGAUGGGCCAAACGUGGACCCAUGACUCGCACAGACUGGGUGAAAUUCUAUAAAUGGGCUGAUUUGAGAGCUGAAGCCAAACAACUGCCUAAACCUCAAGCUACACCUGGAGACGAAAAGAAAAAACGUAAACGUGCUUUAAAAAUUACCUUAGAAAACCUAUUGGAGGAUAUAGAAAAAUUGGCCCUACCCAAAUUACCGCGAGAGAAAUAUCAAUAUCCCGACCCCAUUAAAUAUCCCUAUUCGCCGAGAAUCAAUAGAAAUAAACCGGCCAAACAUGAUUCCGGACGUCCAUUUCCCACCCCCAAAGUACCCUUUGAUUUUCAACACAUUGAAUUGGAAAUAGAUUUUUGGUCAAAAUUACGUUUUCCCAUACGCCCGUCUGCCCUAAAAUAUACACCUUCCGAGAAUAUUUUAAAUUUGGCUCAACCACGCAUUACACCGCCCUUGGAGCCUCACUGUCCCAUACCUGAGAAGCCUUUGGAAUAUGUGGAGCCUCGUAAGCGCAUGAAUAGACGCCAGUUGCGGGAGCAUCAGAAACGUUUGGCUUAUUUGUCCAGGCCUGUUUAUCAUCCAGUUACAGAUAUUUAUUAUUAAAGGGUUGUGGGUUUAUAAGAAGGGGGUUUAAGGGGCACGAAUGUAAUAGUUGGAA